AUGGGGACACCUGUGACAGUGCCGAGCUGUGCCGAGGGACCCGGGCCGGCCCGCGAGGGGACGGGACACCCCCGGGGAUGGGACAGCCCCGCAGCGAGCGCGACAGCCCGCGAGGGGAACGGAGGGACAGGGGGACAGCUCCGCGCUGCUCCGGAGGGAUCCGGGACCCCCGUGAGGGGACGGGACGGAGGGACAGCGGUGACAGCCCCGCGCUGCCCCGGGGGGGACGGGACCCUGCGGAGGGGACGGGACACCUGUGACAGCCCCGCGCUGCCCCGAGGGAACCCGGCCACAGCCGCCGGCCCGGGGCGGCCGGAGCGCAGCGGGAGCCGCCGUGACCCGCCCGAGGACCGCGACCCCCGCGACCCCCGCCCCACCAUCAGCACCACCACCAGAACCACCAGAACCAUCCCACGGGCAGCGCCAACCGCUCCUCGGGGCUCCCCGGCGGGGAGCGGGAGGACAAUGGGAAAGUUGCCGCGGGGCAGGGCGGCGGGGCUGGGGGACGCGGGGCGCAGGCGGGGCCCCGGGAGGCUCCGCGCCGUCCUUACCGCUCGGAGCCGGCCGCGCUCUCCCCUCAUGCCGCCGGGGCAGCGCCGUCCUGCGCGGGAGGGGCGCGCGCCGCCGCCCGUCGUUCGCGGUGCCGGGCGGGGGCGGGCCCGCGCCUGCGCGCUGCCGGCGGCGGGGACGCGCGGGGCGCAUGCGCGGUGGGCGGCGCGGGGUGCCCGGCGGCCGUGA